AUGACACCUCACCAACCGAGCAGUCAAAUUUAUGGAUUUUCGGAUACGAUACCACCACAGCAUGAAAGGGAAACAAUGAAAGACUUAUCUGACUUUCUCAUAUCAUAUGAUCCUCCGGCGCAUAAUCUAGUCGCUCCUCCACAAGCCACCCUACGGAAAAAGUUUGGCCUCCUUCGCAGGAAAUGGAAGAGAGAGCCAAAGCCUAAUCAAUUCCUGAAACUCCCUGAUACUGCUAUUGCGGCCAAAACUCGUCAGGGUGUGCAAUAUAUAGCAAUUUCAAUACCACUAGAGUACGAUUAUCUAGGAAAAAUGCAAAUUCCUCCCGAGCCUCCGUCAGGAUUUGAGCGUGCUCCGACACUUGAUAGGAUGCCAGCUGUCGUCUAUAAACCAGUUCAUGGUGUCAGGCAGUCGAUGACAACUCCACUUGAUCCUCCUGUGCUCGAGGGGAAAACAUCGAUCUCUAAAAGAAGUACCUGGGGACCAGGUACUUUGACUAAAGUGAUUACGAAGCCAGGAUCCGAAGAGAUCGUGCUUCAAAAUGGAUAUAUUCAGCGAACUAGUCAGGUAUACACCCCGACUGGAAGUAUUUAUAAUGAUGCUUUAGAGACACGACCUCGGCCCCAUUCACCGAAAACGAUUCCCACACCUGUCUCACCACUCAAAGUAUCCUUGACAGUUGACUGUCGAGCAAAUUCGCUCAGCUCCGAAUCCACCACAUGA